GCUCAACAGAUCACAUUCAUUCUCUGUUCCUCUGCUUCGCGAAAACCAAAAGCGCCUUCUUUCUUCUCCGUUUUCGAUCUUAACUCUCUCUCUGUGGAAUCGUUUGUGAAUGGUGGAAACGAAUCCGACCGGUGGUAAUUCUACGCUCUCCCUUCCCAUCGAAAGGGCGAGCCUUCUCUCUGCAUCCUCUGUUUUCGCUUUCGGCUCCUGCAAAGAAGGCUGGUACUUUCGCUGCUUCGGCAUCGACCCGUGAAUCCAAUCUCGAUCUGAGAUCCGCUGCCUUUUGUUUUUUUUGUUUUUGUUUUAAAAGAUGUUGCUUUACAACAAGCAGAAGAAGAACCAGAACGCUAAAGGAAACAGAAUCCUUAUCAGCGUUACGGUUCUUGGUAGCGCCGGUCCGAUCCGGUUCGUUGCUUACGAGGAAGAUCUAGUUGCUUCUGUUAUCGAUACUGCUCUUAAAUGCUACGCUCGUGAAGGUCGUCUUCCUCUUCUCGGUUCCGAUUUCAAUGAUUUUCUUCUCUACUGUCCAAUGGUUGGACCUGAAGCUUUGAGCGCGUGGAGUGCAAUUGGAUCGCUUGGUGCAAGGAACUUUACUCUGUGUAGGAAACCAGAGGAGAAGAAAGUGGUCAAGGAAGGAGAAGGUGAGGGAAGAUCUAAUUCCAUUAAUGGGGCGAGGAAAGGAGGAAGCUUGAAGGCUUGGAUCAACAAGUCAUUUAACCUCAAAGUCUCCAGCCAUUGAAGUUCUUUUCUUUCAGACAAGACAUACUUUAUGUUUCUUUUUUUUUUUGUUGCUUAUGUUUUGUUUCCAAACUCUGUCUGAAGCUUCUAUUGACUUUGAUGAAGCCUUUCUCUUUUACAUCUCUCAUUCUCCGGUAAUAAAAAGUUUUUUUAAAAAAAUAUUUUGUCGUGAAGUGUCAUGUGGUAGAGAGGAGAAACGUCAUUGUCGAAUCCAAAAUAAAAGUGAUCAAAUCUGUUUUUGAUUAAAAAGGGAAAAAGAAAAGAAACUUUGCUUCGGAAGAAACAAGAAAAGUACAAAUGAA